CCAGCUGACACCGAGGCACAAGCAACUCUCCAGAGCUCCAGCACACCUCAUGCAGCUUUCCGAGGCAGCAAACGCGUGUCGGACCGGAAUGCUGUACUGGCCUUUGAACAUGGUAGCGUCCGUUGACAGCGCCUUCUUGUCCGAUUGUCGGCAUUAAAGCUGGAUGAGGUACACCGAAGAGUGAACGUGUGAGCUUCACGUCCGUGUGCACUUCUGUUCUCUGACACUCGCCGUGAUGGCUCGACUAUGAAGGGCAGCCGCUGCCUGCAUCAGCUCAAGUCUCUGCGGCUGCUCAGCCACGCAGGGAGGCGGCUGCCUCCUGCUGCUGCUGCUGCUGGAGACAACGGCGCUCUAUUCCGGUUACACUCCUCGAGUCUGCUCGGCGGCUCGCAGUGCCCACAGCGCGAGGUGUUGAGGCAUUUCCACAGCAGCCCAGCGCGCACCAAGAGUCAGCCUGCACGGUUCGUUCAGGAAGAGGACAAGACGAGGGACAAGUCUCUGGUCGCCCACGAUGAUCUGUUUGAGCAGGUCGCCAAAGAAACCAAAACCAAGGCCACGUUUAACAAAGUGAUAGACGUCUACACCAAGAGAGACAUAAGGCGUCGAGGUCAUGUGGAGUUCAUCUAUGCUGCUCUGAAGAAGAUGCCCGAAUUCGGGGUGGAGAAAGACCUCACUGUCUACAACAAGCUGCUGGAUGUUUUUCCUAAAGAGGUAUUCGUGCCGCAAAACUUUAUCCAGAGAAUGUUCAACCACUAUCCCCGUCAGCAGGAGUGUGGAGUGCAGCUCCUGGAGCAGAUGGAGAGUUAUGGUAUCAUGCCCAACACUGAGACCAAAGUGCUGCUGGUCCAGAUCUUUGGAGAAAAGACCCACCCUAUGAGAAAGUACCAGCGUAUCAUGUACUGGUUCCCCAAGUUCAUGCACGCAAACCCCUUUCCUAUUCCCAAGCAACUCCCUGAAGACCCAGUAGACCUGGCACGCUUCAGCCUCACACGCAUGGCAAACGACUGGGAUGCAAAAGUGACCGUCUACCAGCUGCCCUGCACAGACAUCACAGACAGCGGUGCUGAAGUCACACUUCCACAUAUAGUAGGCAUCCAGAGCCCCAGCCAGAUGGAAGCGCUCGCUAAGCACAACCCGUGCAGGCCCGUGUUCGUGGAGGGCCCGUUCCCUCUGUGGAUGAGGAAGACGUGUGUUUACUACUACGUCCUCAGAGCCGACCCUGCCCCACCUGAAGAGAAGAUAGAAGAGCCGUAUGACCCAGAGAGGUGUUUCAUGUAUCCUCUGCAGCUAGACCUGGAUUUGGACCGCGACCUGGGGGACGAUGAGAGCUUCGAUGUGGAAGACUUGGAUGACGGUCCAGUCUUUGCCAUGUGCAUGACCAGUCAGGGGGACCAGGCUACCCUCAAUCAGUGGAUCUCUGGCCUCCAACAGAGUAACCCCAUCCUAGGUCAGAUCCCCACGCUGUUCCGACUGGGCGCUGGACCCCGGGAGCUGCAAGGGGUGGGCGACACCGACUCGGCCAGUGGAACCUGGUUUUCUUCACACGCCCAUAAAGAAGAAGCAGACCCUGGGGAAGACGCCGAGGCUGUAGUGGAAGAGGAGCCCAGGAGAAGUCAGGGUGUGAAGCAGUGAACAGGAAAAAAGUUUCCUCCUGACUCCCUCCGAACCAGCCGGGAGGCUUUUGUAAAUUCUUUUUAGCAUAUUUAAUAAAGCCGUACAAAAUAAUUACAAACGUAUUUAUUCAGUCACAAAUGUCUCACACCUUUAAAAUACAGCAGACUAUCUACGGAAGUACUAAGUCUGUAUGUGUUCAAAUGAAGUCAUUGUAGCUGUGGAAAUAAACAACGAUGAAGUCGAGUUGUUAAAGUAACACAAUAAAUGUUGACUUCCAUUUACA